AACGGGAAAUUCUUUGAAGUUAUGGAGACAUUCAAAAGGAUGCUAAUUGAGGGUAAUGUGCUUCCUAAUGAUGUCACACUGGUGAUCGCAUUGUCUGCUUGUUCGAGAUUAGGAGCUCUUGAUUUAGGUAAGUGGGUUCAUGCGUAUGCGGAGAUUAAUGGAUAUAAGGGAAAUUUUUACAUUGGGAAUGCUUUGAUUGACCUGUAUGCAAAAUGUGGAAUUAUAGAAAAUGCUGUUGAUGUGUUCAAGAGCAUGGGUAGAAAGGAUUUGAUUACGUGUAACACCAUAAUCAAUGGCAUAGCAAUGCAUGGACAUGGGAGUGACGCCCUUAAUCUGUUUUGUGAGAUGAAAAAUGCUGGAGAAACACCAGAUGGAAUCACCUUCAUAGGUAUCCUGUGCGCUUGUACACACAUGGGCUUAGUUGAAGAUGGCUUUUCAUAUUUCCAGUCAAUGGUUGAUUAUUCAAUUGUGCCUCAAAUUGAGCAUUAUGGUUGUAUGGUUGAUCUGUUUGCCCGAGCUGGUCUUUUAGACCAGGCAAUAGAGUUUGUGAGGAAGAUGCCCAUGGAAGCAGAUGCUGUUAUUUGGGCUGCCUUACUUGGGGCAUGUAGGAUUUACAAAAACAUUGAGUUGGCUGAAGUGGCUUUUGACCAGCUUAUCAAACUUGAACCGAAGAACCCCUCAAAUUUCGUUAUGCUGUCAAAUAUAUAUGGGGAUCUUGGGAGAUGGAAAGAUGUUGCACGACUAAAAGUUGCAAUGAGGGAUACAGGGUUGAGAAAAUUGCCAGGAUGUAGCUUGAUUGAGGUCAACGAUUCUGUUGUUGAGUUCUAUUCCUUAGAUGAGAGGCAUUCUGAGAGAGAGGAAAUCUAUAGAGCCUUGAGGGGGUUGACAAAAUCGUUAAGAUCAUUUGAAUAUCUACCAGACCUGAUGGAACUUGAGCAGGGAGGUUAAAGAUAACGGAGGGUUAAAGCAAACACUUUUACUAUAUCAUUAACACUUU